AUGCCAACCCUCGCUGUUUCCACAUACACCCCGAGGGAUGUCCCUCUUCCGCCAGCGCCGUCGGCCACUUACUUCUCGGAGUUGCAGUGGAAAACCUUCUAUGCGCUGGCCGACGCAGUUGUGCCCUCUAUCCACACUGCAGCAACUACCAAGUCAUCGAACGACCGGGUGAUUUCAAAUGCAGAGUGGAAUUCCGCCGUGUCGAGCUUGUCAACGGCUAUCUCUGGACCUGACGCCGUAAACCUUGCCACCCAGUACCUGCAAGAAAAUGUCUCUUCGAACCCGCAAUUCCGGGCCGCAGUGGAGCGACUCCUGGGCGACUAUGUGAAUGACGAGGGAAGAAAUGGGUUUGGUUUCAUCAUGUCAGCGCUCAACACCCGUGCUGGUUCUCUGGUCAUGACGGGCUCCACCACUCCGAUCCAGGACCAACCGAUUGAAUUCCGAGAAAAGAUCUUGCGCGGAUGGGACACCUCUCGAUUGGCUCCUCUCCGCGCCAUCUACCGAGGACUCACGGCCAUUGUUAAGAAGUGUUGGGUUAUCAGCAGUCCAACCAUAAGCCCGGUUCUGGGGUUCCCAAGCAUCCCUAUUCAUGGCGAGCAGGUCGACGGUUUCCAGUUUGAGUUUUUGCAGUUCCCUUCUGGGGAUCAGCCAGAAACGAUUGAAACCGACGUCGUUAUCGUGGGAAGUGGCUGCGGCGGUAGCGUGGCUGCAAAGAACCUCGCCGAAGCGGGCUAUCGAGUGCUGGUGGUGGAAAAGUCCUAUUCAUACCCGACCAACACGUUCCCCAUGGGCGCGAAUGAGGGAUAUACCAACAUGUUCGAGAACGGGGGCGCUGUCUCCAGUGACGAUGGCUCGAUGGCGGUCCUAGCGGGCUCAACGUGGGGUGGUGGUGGUACCGUGAAUUGGUCGGCCGCUUUACAGACCCAGGGGUAUGUCCGACAGCAAUGGGCGGAUACUGGUCUCCCUUUCUUCACCUCCCUCGACUUCCAGAAAAGCUUGGACCGCGUCUGUGAUCGCAUGGGUGUUAACGACGAUCAUGUUGAGCAUAACUACCAGAAUAAGGUGGUUAUUGAAGGCGCAAGGAAACUGGGAUAUGCCGUGAAAACAGUUCCCCAGAAUACAGGUCACGGCGAACACUACUGUGGGUAUUGCACGUUAGGAUGCGCGUCGGGUGGGAAGAAAGGCCCAACGGAGUCGUUCCUUGUGGAUGCUGCUCAGGCCGGCGCAAAAUUCAUCGAAGGAUUCCGUGCCGACAAAGUGCUAUUCACCACCGUCAAAGGCAAAAAGGUUGCUUCUGGCGUACAAGGAACUUGGAAGUCACGGGAUUCAUACUUGGGCCUCGCUGGUAUUGGGGCUGUGGAACGUCGGCUGAUUAUCAAGGCUAAGAAAGUAGUUGUAUCAGCUGGCACAUUGCAAAGUCCUCUUCUGCUGUUGCGUAGUGGUUUGAAGAAUCCUCAGAUUGGCCGAAACCUUCAUCUUCACCCUGUGCUUGCGGCUAGUGCUGUCUUUGAUGAGGAUACUCACCCCUGGGAAGGCUCUGCGUUGACAACGGUUGUCACCGAGUUUGAGGACCUUGAUGGAAAUGGACAUGGUGCGAAGAUUGAGACUGCCGCAAUGUUGCCUUCCGUGGUCAUUCCUAUCUUCCCCUGGCGAGACUCAUUGGAGUAUAAGAUGUGGGCGGCCAAGAUGCGUCACAGCACGAGCUUCAUCGUCUUAACCAAAGAACGCGAUACUGGUCGUGUCUACCCAGAUCCGGUCGAUGGACGCUGCCGGAUUGAUUACACGGUAUCUGCCUUUGACCGGAAACACAUGGUGGAGACCCUGAUUGGCAUCGCCAAGAUUGCGUAUAUCUCAGGAGCCAAAGAGUUCCAUACUGUUUACCGCGACCUUCCCCCCUUCAUCCGGCCAGAGACUUCAGACCCCGAGGCCCCUGAAGGCAUUAACAAUACGGCUCUGCAGAGUUGGAUUGCCGAGCUUCGUGCGAAGUCCCCUUUGAACCCGGAGCGUGGUUUGUUUGCCAGUGCACACCAGAUGGGUACCUGCCGCAUGAGCAAGUCACCUAAAUUAGGUGUGGUGGACCCGAAUUGUCAAGUCUGGGGCACUGACGGGUUGUAUGUCGUGGAUGCGUCCGUGUUCCCUAGCGCCAGCGGUGUGAAUCCGAUGGUCACUAAUAUGGGUAUCGCCGAUUGGGCCAGCCGAAACCUCGCGCGGGCGAUGGGAACGGUACCAGGCGAGGGCAACGUGAUGGCUCGUCUGUGA